UCGACGAAAUGCACCGGAGCACCACCCAGCGCCCAGGCCACCGCCGCAGCGCCGGCCGGGCUGCCGCCAAGCGCGACCGCCUCAGCGCCCUCCCGGACGAGCUCCUGCACCACAUCAUGUCAUUCUUGAAGGCGUGGGAGGUGGUCCGCACCUGCGUGCUCGCGCGGCGGUGGCGCCACCUCUGGGCGUCCGCGCCCUGCGUCGAUCUCCGCGUGCGCCCCUCCACUGGCCGCUACGGCGACCCCCCUGAGAAGUUCCGCUACUUCGUGCACCGGCUCUUCCUCCUACGUGACGCGUCAGCGCCCGUGGUCAUGCUCCGCCUGCGGUCGAGCGACGACGAAGCGGGCUUCACCGAUGACGACGCCAGCGCGUGGAUGAGGGCCGCCAUCAAGCGCAACGCGCGGGUUAUCCAUCUCACCGGGCGUUGCUCGGAGAUCGCGUCGUUGGACCGCGUGUCGUUCAUCUCUUGCCACCUCAAGGUCUUGAAGUUGUCGUAUGCCAUGCUCGACUACAGGAUCCUCAGGCAGCUUUCUUCUAGUUGCACGUCUUUGGAAGUACUAGGUCUGAAGGAUUGCUUGGUGGCGGGCCCUAGGAUUGUGUCCGCCUCUUUGAAGACUUUAAUCAUGCUCGAAUGCGAGAUCAGUUGCGCCUUCUCCAUUGCUGCUCCGAACCUCCUACUUCUGCACCUCAUCACACCUUACGUCCGAGUCCCAUCAUUCAAGAAUUUGGGAUCACUUGUCACAGCUACUAUCAUACUUGAUGACUCUUUCUUGGGUGAUGACAAUGAAUACAUCAGCGAUGAAGAUUAUUGUGAUGGAACUACUGAUGACGACAGGGAUGAUAGCGGCGAUAAUGAUUGGACAGAGAGCUCAAAGAUUCAUGAUGAGUCUUCCUUGAGUAAUAAUGUUGGAUAUGAUGAUUUUAUAAGGUUUGGAUAUGGACAUGGUUUUGCUGAAGGAAUUUACAGGCAUAAUCGUUACAAGGAUAAUUAUGAUUAUGGUGGUGAUAUCGACAGCGAUGACAAUACCUAUGCAUACAGUGAGAUUGCAAAUGAUGCAAAGUAUGGCUACAAAAGUAAAGGCCUGAUUUCCAGUAAAGACAGUAUCUAUGGUGGAUAUAGAGAAUGCAAUGAUGGGAAGAUUUUAGGUGGCCGUCAUAUUCUUCAGAGUCUUUCAAGUGCUAGAACUUUGGAGUUGUUGACUAAUGCUGGAGAGGUUGUUCUGAGUAGGGAACUGAAUACAUGUCCAAAUUUUGGCAACCUGAAGAUCCUGUCUCUUGGUGAAUGGUGUAUGACUGCAGACUUUGAUGCCUUAAUUUUCUUGCUGCAGCACUCACCUAAUAUACAGAAGCUCUUUCUCCAACUUAAAAUUAACUUCAAUGCCAGAGAGGCAUCAGAAACAGGUAUCAAACUACAGGGAAGAUCAUUUACUUGCAAAGAUCUUCGAAUGGUGAAGAUCACAUGCUCAAAGGAUGAUGGGAGAGUCCAUAAGCUGGCAAAUUUGUUUAUGGCAAAUGGUAUACCAGUCGAGAAAAUUUAUGUCCGCCACAACGGGAGUGCUUAUAUCCGCAACCAGAAGCAGAUUAAGGAGUUCUGGGGGAUGUAAUAUCCAACAUCAUCAUGAGCAACUGAUCGUGCUCUCAAAGCUGCGCUGGGUUUCUUGAUUGCCUCUUUUUUGGUAACAUGGAUGUCGUUGGUGAUAAUUGGAUCAUUGCAAUGUUGUUGCCGGUGGGAUAAGCUGAGAAGUUCAUCUAGUAGUAGGUCUAGCCUCUAGUACAACUUUGCUUUGUUCCUGGAACGGAUAUGAAUGCUCGUCGUUUGAAUGCUUCAGACUUGAGAGUGGUGCAUCUGAGUCUGUCAUGCGUUGUGCUAUGCUCCAGUAAACAUUGAUCCUGUGGUGAGUUAUACGCGGCUUUAGUACCGUGCAAAUUCUAAUGUCGUGUAAAAGGAAAUGAACCUUCAUUCCGAUUCCGGCGAUGAAGGUUUACAUGGUUGUCUAACUAUUCAGAUUUCGG